AUGCCUUCACGUAUACUGCAGCGCCUUAGCGAGAAGGACGCGGACGUGACUCCGAAAAGUACCAUCACUGUUGGUCAGCCCCGCAACCCCACUUACGCAAUCUUCCUUAAUCGUUGUCGUCUUCUCUAUGAAGAACGGUCUAGAUCACUGAGUAUCCCCAAACUGUCUCCAAAUCUCUUUUCACCACUAAGACCCAAGUCCUCAUUGGAGGAAACUAAUCCCAACUCACGUACUAAAUUGUCCUUUUUCCUAAAGAUGGAUGUUACAUCACUGGGCUGCUCUCUCAUCUUCCAGACUGAGCUUGUUCUUUUUUGUUUCCUUCAGCCAUCGCAACCGGUCCCUGUGGGACUAUCGCACAAUUUGGUGGAUAAAUGGGAAAUCUCGAAAUCCUCCAUCGUCCUCAAGGAACGAAUAGGCAAGGGCCAGUUCGGGGAGGUAUACCGGGCUGUCUGGAAUGGCACAACUCUCGUUGCCGUUAAAACUCUCCGAGCCAGUAAGUCCAAGUUGGCUGACACCCCUCCCCACCCUUCCCGUCCACCAAUGAGCACAGACUGUCGUUUGACCGCAGAAUUCAUCUGGAUUUAG